UUCUGGGGUACAAGACUCUCCCCUCCCACAAUGAGAGGCUACCCUAACUGAAUAAAUUAAUAAAUUAUGUUGAUGUUUGCGAUCAUCAACAUUAUCAAUAAACAUCAUUUACACCAUCAUAUACAACAACAUCAUCAGCAUCAACAACAUCAUCAGCAUCAGCAACAUCAUUAAUAACAUCAUCUACACCAUCAUCAGCAACAUCAUCACCACCCCUAGCAUCAGCAGCAAUAUCAUCAACAUCAUCAGAAGCAGCAUCAACAACAUCAUCAGCAUCAACAACAUUAUCAUCAACAACAACAUAAUCAGCAAUCAGCAUCAACAACAUCAUCAGCAGCAUCAACAACAACAUCAGCAUCAACAUCAUCAUCAGCAUCAACAACAACAUCAGCAUCAACAACAACAUCAGCAACAACAACAACAGCAACAUCAACAACAACAUCAACAACAUCAACAACAACAUCAUCAACAACAUCAACAUCAACAACAUCAUCAGCAUCAACAACAACAUCAGCAACACCGUCACCAUCUAGAACAGAGGGGAGGGAAGACUGCGGCCUAGUCGGCCUCGGGCCAUCCCGAGUUUUCCUAGCGGACCCGCCGCGCCCGGAGCGCCUCCCCCGGCAGGAGUCGGGAUCGAAUAACGGCAGACAGAGCCGGCCAUGAAGCCGGUCCUCAUCUCACUGUUCGUCUUCCUCCUUCUGGAUGCGGCGUUGGCUGUCAAGCUCCAGCUCACUCUCCCGAAGAGUCUGUCUGUGAGGGAGGGAGAGAACGUCACUCUCCCCUGCUCCUUCUCCCCACUGGCCACACACCUGGACCACGUCGUCGUCCAGUGGUUCACGAUGCCCAGACGCUACGCAGAGAACGUCACCAGUGGAGACAUGACCUUGAUCUACUUCUCGGGCGACGAGACGGCGGACGACUCGAGCGUCGCCAAGUCCGCGGGAGACGUGCUCGCGGGAGACUGCUCCGUCGGCAUCCCCAACUUCCCCGGGAGCCUCGGCCCCGUCGCCCUGUGCCGCGUCGACUGCCGCCGCUGUGACGCCGCGGGGAACGCCGCCGUGCAAGCGGAGCUGCUGCUGCAGCUGCAGGACGUGACGGCUGCGGCCCCACGGCGGCCACACGGCGGGGCUCUGAGCGAGGCCACCGCCGCCCCUCCAGGGGAGACGCCGCCGCACAGGGCAGGGCUGCUGGUGGCCGGGGUGCUGGCGCCUGUGGCUGUCGUGGUCUACGUCGUCUCCGUCUGCAAGGGGAACAACACGAGGAGGAGGAGGAGGAGGAGACGCCGUCGGCCUUCAGGGCCCGGGCAGCCGGAUCGCCCGGCCCCCCCUGUGGCGCUGGGAAUGCAGAACGUGCGUAGGGACAGGGACGUGGACGCGCAGCCGCCGAUGAACAGACGCGAAGAGAGAACAGGACGAGUGUCGGAGACCUUCGCCGUGUGACGAUGUUCAGGCAGCCAGAUGCUCCAUCCGAUUGGUCGGCACGGGGAGUGGGUCGCACACACACACACACAUGCACACAUACACUCACCCCCACACACUCACACACUCACACCCCCACACAAAGAACUAAGAACCCCCGUAUAGCCUUUAACAGACUGUAGGGGCAAGUGCUGUUAGCGAGCACCUAUGAAGGCCAGAACGGCACACGAGGGGGUGGGUGGCCAGCACCACGCCCUACCGCCUUUGUCUCCCCAGUGGCGAUGUUUACACACCGCACCAGGUACUCAUUUGAGGCUGAGGCCCGGGAACCGGUUCAGAUAAUCGUCACUGGUGUUAGCCGUGAAUGGGAAUCGAACUCGUGCCGCCGGGUUCAUAGCGCAGCGCGCUAACCACUACACUACCGCUCCCCACCCACACACUCGCACACACCCACACACUCACUCUCACACCCAUACAGUUACACAGUCACACACCCCCACACACACUCACACACUCCCACACACACUCCCACACUCACACACUCCCACACACCCCCCCACACUCACACACACCCCCCCACACUCACACACACCCCCCCACACUCACACACACCCCCACACACACACCCCCACACCCAACACAACAACCGCCAUUCGCCACUAAGUGGCGGUGACGUCACCACGACGCUUGUGCCAGUGUUUCCCCCUCGUGCAAGGAGCGGCUUUUCUCCGAGAUGUUCAGAUUUCCUCCUACCCUUGCGGUACACGCAACUUACUCAUUGGCUGACAAUAUCCUGCGAUGAAACAUAAAUCAAAAACCCCGAAUGUGGAAGGGCCCUACUGAGUGGAGAGUCUCCGUGACACCGCGCAGCCUCCUGGAUCAUUAAACUAUCAUCAUCAUCGUCAUCACCAUCAUCAUCACCAUCAUCAUCACCAUCAUCACCAUCAUCACCAUCAUCACCACCACCAUCAUCAUCAUCGUCAUCAAUCAUCAUCAUCGUCAUCAUCAUCGUCAU